AUGCCCCAGAGUCAAACUCUGGUGUGCUUGCAUCCGAGGUCCUACCGUGGUGUACCGUCAGUCCUGAACCAACCACAAGUGCCUUUGCAGACCCAUGCCCCAGAGCCGAACUCUGGUGUACCGUUUGCAUCCGAGCAUCCGACCGAGCCUUGUCAAGCCCCAUCGCCCUACCCUGGUGUACCGUCAGUGCUGAACCAACCACAAGUGCCUUUGCAGACCCAUGCCCCAGAGUCAAAAUCUGGUGUACCGUUUGCAUCCGAGCAUCCGACCGAGCCUUGUCAAGCCCCCGGGCCCUACCCUGGUGUACCGUCAGUGCUGAACCAAGCACAAGUGCCUUUGCAGACCCAUGCCCCAGAGCUGAACUCUGGUGUACCGUUUGCAUCCGAGCAUCCGACCGAGCCUUGUCAAGCCCCAGGGCCCUACCCUGGUGUACCGUCAGUGCUGAACCAACCACAAGUGCCUUUGCAGACCCAUGCCCCAGAGCCGAACUCUGGUGUACCGUUUGCAUCCGAGCAUCCGACCGAGCCUUGUCAAGCCCCAGGGCCCUACCCUGGUGUACCGUCAGUGCUGAACCAAUCACAAGUGCCUUUGCAGACCCAUGCCCCAGAGUCAAACUCUGGUGUGCCGUCUGCAUCCGAGCAUCCGAUCGAGCCUUGUCAAACCCCAGGGCCCUACCCUGGUGAGCAUCCUACCGAGCCUUGUCAAGUCCCAGGGCCAUACCCUGCGUCAGUGCUGAACCAACCACAAGUGCCUUUGCACCCAGAGCCGAACUCUGGUGUACCGUUUGCAUCCGAGCAUCCGACCGAGCCUUGUCAAGCCCCAGGGCCAUACCCUGGUGUACCGUCAGUGCUGAACCAACCACAAGUGCCUUUGCAGACCCAUGCCCCAGAGACGAACUCUGGUGUACCGUUUACAUCCGAGCAUCCGACCGAGCCUUGUCAAGCCCCAGGGCCCUACCCUGGUGUACCGUCAGUGCUGAACCAACUGCAAGUGCCUUUGCAGACCCAUGCCCCAGAGCCGAACUCUGGUGUACCGUUUGCAUCCGAGCAUCCGACCGAGCCUUGUCAAGCCCCAGGGCCCUACCCUGGUGUACCGUCAGUGCUGAACCAACCACAAGUGCCUUUGCAGACCCAUGCCCCAGAGCCGAACUCUGGUGUACCGUAUGCAGCCGAUCACAGGUCCAAACACGAGGGUGACCCCAGACAUGAUGCUAUGAUUGAUCCAGGUCAACAGCCCAGCAUCAGUCAUGCAGUUGACUCCAAAGCCGAUGGAACUCAAGUAUCUGGCCCACAGCAAUCCGAAAGGGACGCCGAAAGAGCCCCAGGCACUGCCCCUGGUGUAUUGCCUGAUCCAAAGCCUGAGGAGGAGACCCCAUGUCUCUCGGCCCAAUUUGUGAUCAAAACGGAGCCCAGGCAUGAAAGCAAAGAAGCAGUAGGCGUAUCCUCACAAGAUGAAAAGAUUGCCAUGGAAGAAAGUUCCAUUGACCAAGCAUUGGAGUCCGCCUUCUUGAGUAGUCAUGGGGGUUAUGUCCAUCGACCAUGUCCAGGCAGCACCAAGAACACACCAACCACUCAUGCCUUCCCACCCAAUGCUGGCCCAUUGGCCCCCGGAAUGACGGCGACUCCGGGAUACCAGAAUGCCAGAUAUCAAAAUGCAAUGCUUCACAAGGAGGAACACAAGGCAAGCAUGCUGCAUACUGAGGAACAUCAGCCUGCCCAAAAUGCUGGCCUCAUGGCUCCCGGAAUGACGGCAACUCCGGGUUACCAGAAUGCCGGUGGAACAACUCAGGUUCAAUACAUGCAGCAUGUCGGUGCCCCCAUGACAUACCAACUGAGCCAUGCCAAUGCAUCCCCACCUGCACCCUGCCUUACUGGCCAAUUGCCUCCCGGAAUAGCGGCAACUCCGGGACACCAUAAUGCCGCGAUGAACCAAGAUCUCAGGAAGCUUCCUCAACCGAUGUUGACCACUCAGAGCCUUCCCCAAGAAGGACAACCAGCCCGGGAAAGCAAUGCCGCAUUUAGCAGUGCCAAAACAGAAAGCCCCCAUGCUGCAUCCAACUCAGAUGUUGACCCAACACCUCCCGGAAUGACGGCGACUCCGGGUUACCAGAAUGCCGGACUCAUAGAGCCAACCAUUCACCAUGCCUUUCCAUCCUGUGAGGUACAUGUACCAACCAAUGGUGGAGUGAUAGGGUUUGAGACCAAAGCCGGGAAAAAACGAAGCCUUAUGCAAGCAACAUCAGCACAGCAAGCCACCAAAGAAUGGGAACCAGCUACAAAGAAAAGCAAGCCAACGUGUGGAAAAGACAACACAAAGCUGGUACAUGGACCUGACAACUGUGUCAACACCAUAGGAGCUGAUGACAAGCAGAACCCUGAAGCAGCCAAACACGAAAGUGAUCAACUGAUCGAGCAAACCAACACAGAGCAGGCACCAACCAGCGUUAGCAGCAUCGCAGGAUCUGAAGCCAAACGACAUAUCAGAACGUGGGUAGGAACCAGUGACACUUUGUCUCCCCUCAUGCUCAAGUGCCCCAUUGGCACAACUUCAGGUAUGAUCACACAGGCAGAAGCCAAGCUUGGGAGCAUGGACCAACCGAUUGCACCGAGGUCAUGGGUAGGGACCCACCUACCACUCCAUGAGCCCCUCACUGAUAAGCAGGUGGUCAUCCUGCACCCGAGACUUCCUAGUGAUCACAAAUGCCCAAUGAUCACUGGAGAAAACUCACAACCGGAAAUCCCGCUCCCAUGCCAAAGACUCCUGGCACUAUGGAAACAAGCCUCUUGGGUUGCCGAGGACGAAAUGGAUUUCUACAUGACUGCAGCCAAACAAUUCGCCCAAGUGAGCAUUUUGCCACCACAAACUUUCUUCAAUGAUACCGCAGUCAAGAUCGAAGCAAGCGUUUGGCUCCAACAACCAGUUGAAUGGGUCACUCCAGAUAGACCAUGGAUCACAGCAGCAAUCGUCAGCAGACAUUGGGUACCCAUCAUAAUCCGAAAGCAAGGUAGCACGAUCCAAGUUGCCACGACGCCUGAAGGGUCACCUUUCCUGGAAGCCAUUCAAGACAUCACAGCAGCCAAUGGACUCACCAUGACAGCCACACAGAAGAUGUUGCCGCAGUCGUUUCACGGUGAUUGUGGAUUCCAGGCCUUCGCCUGGAUCAUGGCAUCGCUGGCAGAAGAGAAGAUCGAACCACUCGCCCCACUGAGUGCAGAGAAAUGGAGACACCUCUUUGCCAAACAUUUGAUUGCCACCUCGAAACAUGAUGAAGUGGUCAUCGAACUGCACAUUGGUGGUGCCAAGGUUGAUCUUCCAUUGCAGCGACAACUGAUGGAACUCCUUGCUGCUCAUGGAGUAUGGCAUGACAGACUGGCUGACAGAGCCACCAAGAUCAUGGAUGGCGUGGCAGCACAUGUCUUGCGGAAUGCCUUGGGGGCCAAACGACCAUGGGCAGAAUUGAAACAGGCCGCCAACAGUGCCCAACCUAUGAUCAAACUCAUCCAGCAAGAUGAACUCAAUGCACAGAUCGCUGCCAGAGCCGAUCACAAAAGAGCCUAUGGUACCAAGCUACCAUCAAAGCACAGCAAAAAGCAAACUCCCACUAAUGACCUGCCGAACCUCAGAGCAUCCGAUCUCCAGGUACCACAAGGAGUUUUUAAGCAACAAGAUGGCCACAUUCUGGGCCCACUUGGAAUCAAUGACGUUGGAAGCUCCUGCCAAGGGGUUGUUCUGGUAGAUCAGGGAGAAUCAGAAGCACUUUUCCGACUCCAAAGCCCGGUCACUCCGCAUGGACUCGCAGUGAUUGUGUUGGCCACCAAGACCAACGCCAAUUUGCACACGAUUGAGCCAAUCCGUUUUCCAGCGUUAUGCCUUGUGACGCAAGAGCCACUGAUUGCAUCCGGAUACCUCUACCAAAUGGGGGCUCAGCCAGCUGUGAGGUUUGAACCAUCGGUCAAAUUGGCAGUUGAAGAACAUGACACAAAGACCAUCCGCUGCUUAGUCUUCCAAGACCAGGCUGGACAGCUAUGGCAAGACAUCCAAAAACAGCCGGUCAAGGGAAUCUUCACCCAAGAACCAAUCCUGGCACCAAAAGGACAAGGUGAACAGUCCAUUGUAAUCGAUGUGUGGGACAGGCAGUGGUUGUCCAAACGUUUUGAAAAAUUGAAGCCGGCAGUGGCUGAGAUUUUUGUUUUCUCUUUCAGGAUGAUGGCCAAACAUGCUGAUGAGUUAAUCAACAAAAGUGGGCAGCAAGGAAUCUAUUACGAGCCACGUACCCACUGCGGACGGUAUCCAUGUCCUGACCAUCACGUGACAUGGCUAUCGAAGAUGUCAUACCAGGAUGCCCAGUUCGCACAACAGACAUCCCCCUUCGCAACCACAUUGACGAGGCACGGGGACAGGUUUGGCCUACGAAGUGACACUUACAAUGCACAAGCCAUUCAUGACAAGCACAGGCCAGACACGCCGAUGCUGAUGGGCCAGAAAAAAGCCCUGUACACCAUGGGACCCAUGCCUUUUGCAGCAACCAAAGAAUCGAUCUCCAAGCUGCUGAAAACAUGGGGAUGGGAUGCGAGGGCCCUUCAACCGAGAGGGAGGGCUGCUGACAGCUCAGGCAUCACAUGGACCAUCCAGGCAGUUGAAGAUCCUUCACAUUGGAUCUAUACGUUGCAACAUGGGGAUGUGCUUAUCACCAGACUCCGUGAGAGAAGCCCAGUCAAAGCUGCUCCGGUGAACAUCGUUGCAUCGAGGAAGACAACCGAGCACCUUCAGCAGAACGAAGACCCAUGGCUCAAACAUGACCCAUGGAAUGGUAGUGCAGCCUCACAGCCCACCAAGCAGACCUCAUCGACCACGACCACACCAAGCCAAGCCCAGAUUGCCACGAUUGAGGCCAAUGUGGAAAAAAGAGUCAUCGCAGCCAUUCAAGCCAAGCAGCAUGACGGUGAUGUUUCCAUGGAGGCAGAUCACAUGGAAUCGAGAGUCGCCCAGCUUGAAAAGCAGAUCCAACAGGUACAUGCACAUCAGGUUGGAAUGGAUUCCAAGAUCAACACCAUGCAAAACCAACUGGAAGCCCAGGGCCAACAGUUCAAUGCCUCUCUGGACAUGAAGCUAGCUGCGCAGAUGGAAAAGAUCGAGGCCUUGUUCAGCAAACGAGGACCGGGGAUCACGAAAUUCCGCCAAGAGCUUGCCUGGCGCAAAAGCCAGUACCACCUUUGCCAUGGAGCACCGGCUCCACCAAAAAAUGGAUCCCUCCGAACCAUAGGACUCCGUGUCAUAGCAGGAGAUUGGAAUUUACCAAGAGAACAGAUCCCACAAGCUGACUAUUGGGAAGCCAAAGGAUGGAUGGACCAAGUGGAGUGGAAUCAGCCCUCAGAAAUGUCAGAUGACAUGGACACAUGGUACAAAAACAUCUGGACCAAUACCGAAGAAUAUGCCAAAGCCGUGCACAAAGCGGCUGAAGUACCGCCCCCACUCAAAUGUCAGUUGGGAAGAGCCACCACCUUUGAGACCAAAAUGGUCAUGAAUGAGAUUGCCCCGGUCAAACCAAACCGCAGUGGUGACAUACAAUCGCAGUUGACCACCACAAAUUUGCAGCACUCCAGAUGGACCAAGCAGGUCAGAAGAUUGCAACACUACACUCGAUUUGUCGCCUCUGACAAUGAAGCCAAGUCCCCCGACCAUCAAGCCCUGCUCUGGAGGCAUCCGCUGCUGGCACUGGCUGAACACCUGGGUUUGCCAAGUGAAGUCAUCAUCGCAUGGAAACAGUGUUUGGCGCAGAUUGAAAGAAGAUUUCAGGUCAGAGGAGCCAUUGGCAGACCAAUUGACUCCUCCACAGGGUUUCCGGAGGGAGACGCAAUGAGUGUGGUAGCUAUGGCAAUCUGCAAUGUUGCAUGUGAAGUUUUCAUGCUCCACAGACUCCCCAGAGUCCAAACAUGGAGUUACGUGGAUAACCUCGAAACUUUAGCACAUCGCACAGUUGAUGCCAUCCAAUCACUAGAAGUCCUUAGUCAGUUUUGCGCUUUGAUGGACCUUCAGAUUGAUUUUGACAAAUCGUACAUCUGGAGCAAUACUGCUGAAGGUAGGAAAAUGAUCCGUGACAGUGAGUUUGCAGGUAAACUGUUUGCAAGGGAUCUUGGAGGGCAUCUUAACUACACCAAACUCAGAACCAACUGUACACUGCAGGAGAAGAUUGCACAGUUCGCACCGUUCUGGCAACGCUUAUGCAGGAGCUUCGCAACAGCUUCUCAAAAAGAACGUGCACUUGUGGUGGCAGCAUGGCCCAACCUUUUCUAUGGGGUAUGCACCGUAACCAUGGGAAAGGUACACUUCGAGAAGUUGAGAACCCAAGCGUGUCGAGCACUGAAUUAUACCCAGAAUGGUUUAUCUCCGAUGUUACAGUUGUCGUGCAUCAGCAAUGCCAAAGCUGACCCUGAAUUCCACUGUGUUGUUGCCACUGUCAUGUCCUUCAGGGAUUGCACUUUGGAAGACAUGUCAGAGUAUGUCUUGCAUCAGGUCAAUGAAGGGGCAAGCUUGACCCCGGGUCCAUGCUGUAGUCUUGUCAGAGUCCUAGAGAAGAUUUUUUGGCGAUGGAAGGAAGGGGGAAUUUGUCAAGACCAUUUAAACAUUCCAUGCAACAUCCUCACUUGUCCCAAACAAGAGUUGUAUAAUCGUUUACUUGAAGCAUGGCAACACAAAGUUUUUGGUAUCACUGCCGAAAAUAGGAAGACCAUGAAAGGCCUGCAAAAUGCCGAUGCGAGACUGACACAGCUUUGCAUGCAAAGCUUGCCAGCAAGUAACUUCGGACUCAUGCGGUGUGCACUCAAUGGCACACAGUUCACUAACAAUGCUCUGGUCCAUACUGGUUUAGUAGCCAGCUCAGAGUGCCAAUACUGUAAAAAACCGGACAGUGGCAGACAUCGCCACUGGGAAUGUGAGUACUUUGCAGACAUCCGCAAACAGUAUCCUGACAUUUCUGGCCUGGAGGCCACGGCCGAACCUUGCUUGCUCAAUCAUGGAUGGAUGCCACAGUCCCAGGAUUUACCAGAGCUGCGCCGAUGCCUUUUGGACAUCCCAGACACGACUGGAACAUACAUGGUGCCACCGCAGGCAUCUUGCAGGCUAGAAUAUCAAGACUUGUUUUCUGACGGAAGCUGCAUUUACCCGGCGGACGCGACGCUGCGAGUCUCAAGCUGGGGAGUUGUUGAAUGGACUGGGGAUGGUUUUUGGCCUGUUUCACUUGGAGGAGUCCCAGGCUGGAAACAAACUAGCCUGCGGGCGGAGAUUUUUGCUGUGUUGGCAUGCCUCAAAAUCAGCGUCCGGUGCCAGCGGACAUGUAGAAUAUGGACUGACAAUGCGGAAGUUUUCGCAGUGCUUACGGCCCUGGUCCAAGGCAUAUGUCCAGAAGUCUCCAAAAAACCAGACGCAGAUUUGUGGCACAUAGUAAUUCAACAGUUUCUCCAGUGUAGACAAUGGAUAAAAGCCAUCUUCAAAGUUAAGUCGCACCUUGAUCCCGAAAGCCAAGACAGCCCCCUUGACCAGUGGGCCACUGAGGGUAAUCAACAUGCAGAUUUGUGUGCAAACGCCGCAAGAGGGCAGCUGGACCCACGACUUUGGGAUGCCUGGGAUAAAGUUAAACAACAUAACCAAACCACCCUCAAUCAAGGACGCCAAGUUCAUGCCAUGUACGUUGCAAUCGCUGAAAAAGCCCGAAAGACCCACAUGGCCGCAGCACCACAGAAUGAACCAACCGGUUUCGAAGAUGCGACAGCCGCACAGACAGACCCUGGCAUCCUCAACUUAGCCCAACUCAUGGAUGAUCAGGUUCCCAAACACUUCAAAAAUGAAGAGACGAAUCACAUCCGUGAUUGGUUGACCACUUUAAUUUCUUCAGAUUCCCCCACCACCUGGGUUUCAUUUCAUCAACUCCUGAUAGACUAUCAAAAAUAUAGUGGAAGACUUGGACCGACCAGCAACAAAGGCAAAUGGCUAAAUGAACCACUUGAUGUCCCCUAUAACCAUAAGCAGCAUGUUUUGUGGAUGUCUCAAUUCUUGAAAAAUUUUAGCCAUCACUCAAAAGUUCCAAUCGUCAUUGAGCAGAGACGACCCCCUAGCCACAUGUUGGCCUUUUGGUGUGGAUGUAUCAGAGUAAAUAUGACUCAGGCCAGCUUGAAUGCGAUCGACGAUCACUUGAGAUCCUUCACAAAGGUCAUGCCUAUCCGGAACAUAACGAAGGAUCUGGCAAACAUGGUACCUGGCUGCAGCAACUAGUUCCUGUUUUACCCGGGGAAGGACACAUGUCUCCGACCUCUGAGCGUGUGUCUCGCAUCGAAAG